AUGGCCAGAGUGCUAUGGCAUUUCAACUAUCAUCUCCCAACAAGGUUGGAAAUGGACACAAGUGACUUCACCAUUGCCAGAGUACUCAAACAAGAGCAUGAAGGACAUUGGCACCCCAUAGCAUUCUACUCAAGAAAGAUGUCAUCUGCAGAAAAGAACUAUGAGAUUCAUGACAAGGAACUCCUUGCUGUGGUGUUUGAGAAAGUGGAGGACAAAAUUGGUAUAGGAGGCAGGUUACAGCAAAUUCCAGCAGAAAAUGUAGUACCAAAUGCAAUACUACAGAUUUCAGUGGAAUCGGUUGUAACAGCACACUUGGGCAAUGAUUCUGCAUUAGUGGCUCCCAUGCUCACAAUGGAGGCCAUAGCAAUGCAAGGGCUCAAGGAGCUGACCAAGAUCUUUCAGCCCUUGGACAUGGAGCUGCAGGGGAUCCAUGUGAAAAAGCUGUUUGAGACCAAGGACAGCUUAUGGCAUAGUGGCAGUAGAUUGGUCAUUCCAAAGGUAACCAUGCCAGGAAGGACUAAUGACUGCCAGUUGCAAAGUGCCAAGGAAGUAGAUGGGCAAUCACUCUCUGUUGAACACUUGUGUUUUAUGGUGAUGUCCCAAUGUCAUGAUGGUCUUACAGCUGGACAUGUGGGACAAGAUGCUACCAUCAGAGUGGCACAAUUGCACUAUUGGUGGCCAAACAUGAUGGCUUGGAUUGCCAACUAUGUGGCCAGCUGCCUGGUGUGUGCCAGAUACAAAGCCCCUUGUCACCAUCCAUAUGGCUUGCUGCAACCACUUGCUACACCAGACAGACCAUGGGGCUCCAUCUUGCUGGACUUCAUUGAAGGUUUGCCACAUUCACAAGGGUAUGAUUCCAUCCUGAUCAUCAUCAAUAGACUGACUAAGUAUGCUAUCCUGGUCCCAACUCAUAAGACAGUCAUGGCAAAACAGACUGCCAUAUCGAUUUGGGGACAUGUGGUCAAAAACUUUGGUUUCCCUGACCAUAUGGUCUCAGACAGAGGAAGACAAUUCAUCUCACAGGCAUGGAAAGAGUGUGCUGAGAGCAUGGGUGCAAAGCAUUUGCUCAGCACAGCAUAUCAUCCACAAACUGAUGGCCAGAUGGAGAGGGUCAACCAAGUAGUGGAGCAGUAUCUCUGGAUGUACUGCAACUAUGAGCAAGAUGAUUGGGCCAACCUGCUCAGGACAGCAGCAUUUGUGUACAACAACACAGUCCACAACAGCAUUGGGGUCUCACCAUCCUUUGUGUGCUAUGGAUGGAACCCCAAGGCCCAUCCAGACAUACCUCAGUGA